AUGAAGUUCUGUAUUUCCUUAUUUCUAAUAUUGUGUGUCUUAUUUUGUAAAAAUGAUAUAAAAUGUACAACAGUGGUCGAGAGUACCCAGGAAGGUUCUCAAAAACUUCAAAAUCCACCCCCUACUACACCUGAAUCAGGAUCUCAAGUGGAUAGUUCUUCUGCAUCACCAAAUUCAAGCAUAGAGAAACAAACACAACCCAGUCAAGAAAGUGCCACUGGUGGUAAUGUUGUAAACCAAGAAACUCCUGCUAAUCCUUCUGGUCAAACUUCUGAUAAUCCUUCUGAUCCAACUCCUGCUAAUCCUUCUGAUAAAACUUCUAAUGAUUCUUCUAAUUCACCCCAAGCUACCAGCGCUCCUUCAAACCCUCCUAAAUCAGUUGAUGUAAAAUCUGCUUUCUUAAAACACUACAAAGGAGUAAAGGUUACUGGUUCAUGUAAUGCAAAUUUUCAAUUAUUCCUUGUUCCACAUAUAUUCAUAAACGUUGAAACAAAAGAAAAUAACAUUCAGUUGGAUGCAAAAUUUAUGAAAUUAACUGAAAGAAUACAUUUUGAAAAAGAUACGAGUAAGUUAAAGAAUAAGUGUGAAUCUGGAAAAAAACAAACAUUUAAAUUUGUAUUAUAUCUUAAGGAGGAUAUACUAACACUUAAAUGGAAAGUAGAUGAAGAGAAACCUGCUACUUCACUAAAACCUGAAGAAAAUACAGUAGAUAUAAGAUUAUACAAGUUACCAAAAUUAGAUCAACCAAUAACCUCAAUACAAGUACAUACUCUAGCCAUAGAAGGAAAUUCUUAUUUAAUGGAAAGUAAAGAUUAUAGCUUAGGAAAUAAUAUUCCUGAAAAAUGUGACGCAAUAGCUUCAGAUUGUUUCUUGAGUGGAAAUAUUAAUAUAGAAAAAUGUUUAAAAUGUACCUUGAAAGUAAAAAAGGCAGAAGCUUCUGAUGAAUGUUACAAGUAUGUCUCAAAAGAUGAACCCAAAGAAACAAAACCAGCUCAGCCAGCAAGUGAAGUAAACCAAGUAAAAGCUGCAUCAGAAGAUUAUUCAGAUGAUAAAGAAUAUGAACUUUCUCAGUCCAUUAACAACAUAUUAAACAAAAUGUACAAAAAACAAAGCAGUGAUGAAAAAAAUAAUAAAAAGGAAUUAAUUAAAUUAGAAGAUGCAGAUGAUAGCUUACAAGAAGAAUUAAAUAAAUAUUGUAAUUCAUUAAAAGAAGUAGAUGUUAAUGGUGUAUUAUCAAAUAAUGAAGUAGGUAAUGAAAAAGAUGUAUUCAAUAAUUUAACAAUAUUAUUAAAAGAACAUAUGGAAGAAAAUGAACAUGAUGUUUUUGAAAAACUUAAAAACUCAGCAUUAUGCUUAAAAAAUAUAAAUGACUGGUUAAAAAAUAAGACAGGAUUAAUUCUACCACCAGUAAAAAAUAAUUUAAAAGGUACUAAUGAAAAAAAAGAAUCAAAUAAUAAUACUGAAGUCAAUGAAGAUAUGUUUAAAGAAAAUGAACAUGGAAUUGUUGAUUUAACAAAAUUUCCUAUAGAUACAAAUUAUUUAUCUUAUAAACACAUAGACUAUUCAUACUGUAAUAAUGAUUAUUGUAACUGGUCAAAAGAUAAAAAUAGUUGUAUAUCACAUAUAGGUGUAGAAGAUCAAAAAAAUUGUGCUUUAUCUUGGGCAUUUGCAUCUAAAUAUCAUUUAGAAACUAUUAAAUGUAUGAAAGGAUAUGAACAUACUCCAAUUUCUUCAUUAUAUAUAGCAAAUUGUAGUAAAAAUGAAAAUGAAGAUGUAUGUACUGAAGGUUCGAACCCAUUAAAAGUUUUACAAAUGAUUGAAGAAAAAGGAUUCUUACCAACAGAAGUAGAUUAUUCAUAUGAACAAAGUAAAGUUGGUGAAACAUGCCCAGAAGUACAAAAUGGAUGGGUCAAUUUAUGGGGUAAUGCAAAAUUAUUAGAACAAAAUAAUGAUGAACAAAAUAAUGAUGAACAAAAUUCUUUAGGUACUAAAGGAUAUACUUCAUAUGAAAGUGAAACAUUUAAGAAAGACAUGCAUUCAUUUGUUAAAUUAAUAAAAGAUGAAAUAAUGAACAAAGGUUCAGUUAUUGCUUAUGUAAAAGCUGACAAAUUAAUGGGAUAUGGAUUUAAUGGAAAGAAAGUUCAAAACUUAUGUGGUGAUAAAACACCUGAUCAUGCAGUAAAUAUUAUUGGUUAUGGUAAUUAUAUAAAUGAUGAAGGUCACAAAAAAUCCUAUUGGAUUGUAAGAAAUAGUUGGGGUAAAUAUUGGGGAGACAAAGGUCAAUUCAAAGUUGAUAUGUACGGACCAUCAGAUUGUGAAGAUAAUUUCAUUCACAGUGUAGUAGUAUUUAAUGUUGAUUUACCUGUAAAUGAAGAAUCUGUUAAAAAAGAACCUAAAAUAUAUAACUAUUAUUUAAAAGCUUCUCCAGAUUUUUAUCAUAACUUAUAUUUCAAAAAUUUUGAUUCACAAAAGGGUAAAGUUGAUGAAGCUGAAAAUAAAAAUUCAUAUGUAUAUGGACAAG